AUUACGACAAACUAAAGUGGGUAUUAAAGUGACAAAACCAGUGGUAGUUCGACAGAGAAAUCAUGUUUCUUUGAAGAGGAGUGUGUGUCUUUCAUGAUGACAUGACAUUGUUUUAAAAAUAAAUCUUGCCCUUUUAUUUCUUUUGAGAUUUGGAAAACGUGAUCACUUCGAACAGAUCAGCACAGCUACCACCAAGCAGACAAUAAACUUGUACCACCAUCAUCCACUAAACCAGCACCACCAGUGUCUGAUGGAACCAUUGGUGGUACACAGUCGGAGUGGACUACCCCAUCACCUUACUGCAGACAAUGGAAGACACCACUGCAUCAUCACCUGAAAAACGAGUCUGUUGUAACGGUCCCAUGUUUCCCUUACCGAGGAAAAUUCGCUCAAUCCAGGGGCCGCACUGCACCUGCCUGAUGACAUCAGAGACGUACCUGAAACGGUUCUCACACCGGGGCAACACGGGUUUGGGUGAGAACCACUUCCACAAGUCAAUCAUCUACAUCCAGUUCCGCUUCUCGAUGUACCUCAUGUCGGGCCUCGUGUCCAUGUUCUGUCUGGCCGUGCUAGGCAUCAUGUUCCUGCUCGGAUACGGGUUCACGUACCUCUGUCUGCGCUUCCAGUACAAAGUGACGCUGUUCCUCAUCCUCCUACAGAGACAGCCCUUUGAGCUGAAGGUUUUCAACGACUUAAUCAUCUUCCUGUUGCACAUCUGCUUGAUUCUGAUUGGAGGGUUUGGAUAUAUAUCUGUUCUUUUCAUUGAGCUGUGAUUUACAGUCUGAUCUCUGAAAAUGUGUCUGCGACUCGCUUAAAGGCAUACUGUCACGGAUUUAAGGACCUUAAUUUCUCUAAAAAUGGAUAAUAAAUAAAAAUUACAGUAAUUGUUGGAAACCAAAUCUAGCUAUUGCAUCACCGUAACUGAACCAUGAUGGAGUGAAAUCCAAGUCAACCCUCUCAGCAAUUUUAGUAUUUGAAUUAUGGACCAUUGCCAUAAUUCAAUUAUUUUUACAAAAUAUUAAUAAAUGGAGUAUGGUGGUUAUGAAAAUGGUUGAAUAGAGUACAUUCAGGAACAAAUCAAAUUAUUUUUGUUCAGGUAAUACUUUGUUAGACCAUUAAAUAGGUCAGUGGUCUGUGACGAUAUGCCUUUAAGUUGAAUUUUUUUUAUUUUGUUUUAAAGAAAUAUAAUACAGUCAUCUUGUCUCCAGUAUCUCUUUAUGUUUCUUUCAGCCAUUGUCUUCUUCAGAAUAUUGGAGCAGUAAUAUCUCUACCACAUUUACAACAUAUAUUUUACAAAUAAAAAAACCUAUUUUUGGUGUUUUUUGUAUCUUGAUGUGGCAACAUAAGAAUACAAAAUACAUGUAUCUUGUUAUAUAUAUAUAUAGAUUGUAUAAUUUGCAUAAUGUUUAAAGGGCAGUACACGUAUGUGUUACAAGUAUUCUUUUAAUACCUACGAGUAUAGGGCAUUUUUUUUAUUCACUUCAAAACAGUGGUGUUGUGUUGUGUUGUGUUGUGUGUACUGUUUAUAUUUUUAGUCUUAAUAACAGUGUCAAAAAUUACCUGAUUAUAAAACUGCCAUUUUUAAAAACAUUAUUACUGUUAAAAUAACAUCACCCUUUUAAUAUUAUGUUCAUUUACCUAUCAUUUAUUAGAGUUUUGCUAGGUCUAGACUGCCAACUGUUACGACAAAGUUGACCAACUCGACAGUUGUGUAAAUUUCUCAAUUCCAGACUUUACGAUGGGUGUUGCCAGAUUAACAACUAAUGGGUUAUACGAUGAGAAUCAAGAUACAUAAGAGUGCUAAGACCAGCAAAUGGACAGUCGUAAAAGUUGUGAGAGCAGAAUGUUGGCCAACUUUGUGCUGGCAGUUCAUAGUCUGAGCCUAGCAUUUGACAAGUGAUGAGCUGCAUUCCACUAUAGUAAAAUGUUGGCAAAAACCUACAUUUACUGAGUCGUUUUUCACCAACAAAUAAAUUUUGUAAGCAUAUAUUUCUGAUCUUGUCAGGUCAUGGUAGUGUCAUGAAACAAAACCAACUUCUUUUUUGUUGUCAUAAUUCAUAUAUACUUUUCUAUUGUAUAUUUUUCCUCAAAUGUUUGGUAACUAGAACACAUUUGUGUGAAUAUAUUUUCCUUUUAAAAUUCUUUAUAAUAUGGAAAUGUUCUACCUGUAUUUCCAAGCUUUGCCUAAUACCUUUUUUUCUGUUUUAAUUAUACAUUUUUGUACUCUUCUAAACUUCACAAGCAAGUGAUAUCCAGUACAUCUAUAAACAUGUACAGUUUGUAUAUAAAUUUGUAAAAUAUCUACAUGCUGUCAAUAAUAAAUUUAAACUCACU